AUGUCAUGCCUUAAAAUAAUUAAAUUAUCGCCUAUUGCGUCUUCUGCUGGCUUUGAGGGUGUGGCGUGGGGUUCAAAGGGGGCUUUAGGGCUUUCUCCGCAAGUUAUAGCCAUUAAAAUAUAUAUUAGGGAGCAGAGGUCCAAAUUAAGAUGGAAAGGCGAAAUUCCAAUUGCUAAAUUGUACAUUCCCUUGCUUUUUGUCUUCAUUGGAUUACAAAAUCGAUUUAAAGUCUCAUGUCGGGCAACAAAUCGUGCUGUUCGACGCAAUCUUGCAACAGCCAAGACGCCAUCAGCAAUUCUUGUGGUGCUAAUUGCAAUUGUGGCAGUGAUUGUAGCUGCGCCUCGUCAAAUAUCCAAUCAUGUGAUUGUUCAAGAACAACCGGCGAUUUAUCCAGAGCAAGGGUGUGCACUUGCGGAGACAUCUGCAAAUGCAAGGCUCCCGUUGAAGCCAAAUGCCAAUGUUCAAGAGCAACUGGAGACCUAA